CUUGUGUGGGUGUGGGUGUGUGCUAAUUUGACAAAACAAUGGCCUUGGUGACUAACAUAUCUCAAUGGAUAGAAGAAAACAAGUCUUCAUUUGUUCCUCCAGUCUGUAACAAGUUGAUGCACGGGAAGGGUCAGUUGAAAAUCAUGUUUAUUGGUGGACCAAAUCAGCGCAAAGACUUUCACAUUGAUGAGGGAGAAGAGUUCUUCUAUCAAAAGAAAGGUGACAUGGUUUUGAAAGUCGUUGAAAAAGGUGUUCACAAAGAUGUUGUCAUAAAAGAAGGAGAGGUAUUUCUGCUCCCUAGUUGUAUCCCUCACUCACCUCAGCGUUAUGAAGGAACUGUUGGCUUUGUAAUGGAGAGGGAGAGGACAGAGGAUGAAACUGAUGGUCUCCGUUAUUAUGUUGAUGGGACUACUGAUGUGCUGUGGGAGGAAUGGUUUCACUGCUAUGAUCUUGGUACUCAGCUAGGACCUGUCAUUAAGAAGUUCUUUGCUUCUGAUGAAUACAAGACUGGACAUCCACCUGAAGGUAAAGUAUUCCCUCCUCCUCCUGUGAAAUUGGAUGUGACGACUUCAGUGAUGAAGCCAUUCAAUCUUAAUGAGUGGAUAAGAGAUAAUGAGCAAGAGAUCAAUUCCAAAGGAAAUAAAAUGCUUUUUGAUUGGGACGGAGAAUUUAAAUAUUGUGUGUGGGGUAGUAAUACAAAGCAAGAAGGACAGAACCAAGGAGAGACAUUUCUCUGGCAAUUGAAAGGUGAGGCGACAGUGACAACUGACAAAGGGACAGUAUCAAUGGGUCCUGAUUCAUGUGUACUGCUUGGAGCUGGAGAAAAGUAUUCUGUUUCCAUUGCUUCUGAUGGGAUCGGUAUAACUGUCACUACUGAUCCACUCGCUAAUAAAAGAAAAAGCUAAAUUACAAAACAUUAUGUAUGUAUGUGUGUAUGUUCUGUUAUAAAUAGUGUCAUUACAUUAUAUUCAGUGUUUUGAUUGUCUUCUUUCCUUAUUUAUUGCUACCCUCCAGUGAGGUAGUCCUUCAACUGCCUCCAUACAACUCA